AAGCUCCUCCCCAGCCCGGCGGCAAUUGGGGGAGCCAAGAUGGCGGCAGUGGCGGGCCACUGAGAGUCCCUUUGGCAGAAGCAAAAGCUGAGUGUAGGAUCUCUUAACUCCUUCUAGUCUGGAGAGCAGAGAGGUCAUUUUAAAAGUGCAGAAGUGAGGGAAGAAGCAUGGCAAGCAGGUAUAUCCACUCCAGCCGUUCUGGGCUCUAUCAUGAACUUAAAAUCACUAUUUCAAAUGAUUUAGUUUCCAGGAGCAAGAGGCCCUUUGACGACUUUCAAGAGGGGGAACAAGCCUUGCAACCAGAUGUUAAGAAACAGCGAUGCAGCUCACCCUUCCUGUCUCAAAAGACAUCUCUGGCAUCUACAGUUCCUUCAUCUCCAAGCAACGGAAUAGCAGGUUCUUAUUCCCUGAUCUCCAAUGGAGAUGUCAGCGACCUAGAUGAGUUACUGGAAUUCACUGAUGGGGAGUCCCCUGACUCCCCCUUCAGUGUUACCCUUGAAGAGGAGGAAAGACUUUUGGCCGAUGAUCCAGAGAUAGACACAAGUGACAUAUUAUUAGGGGUUAGUGUAAAAAAGGUGGGCAGUGAAUUUGCUGAGGUUUCCCUUCAAGUCACUCAGCAGCAGAGUGUUCCUAAGACCCCAAAUGUGAGUCCAGAGCCUCUCCCUCUGACUGGCCUUUCAGUUCCCUCUAGCAGUGGUCUUCCUCACAGCAGUGCCCCUGCAAAUCCAGGGAUAGGAAGCAACACGAAUGUAGAUUCUCAAAACCAAACAAGUCUAAGUUGGGGUCCAGAUGGGCUUGGGCUUCAAGAUGUCACAUCAGUUGAGACAGGGAAUCAGAAAAGGGAUAGUGGAUCUGGGAUAAUGGAAAAGGAAGCUACUCAGACUGUAGAAGAAGAGUCACCAGUUGUGAGCCAGUUAAUGGCCAAGUGUGAAUUUGCUAGUGUGGUGACCGACAGGCCCUCUGAGGGACAGACUUUCAUAGAUCAAAGUGAGGUAGGAGGAGAGAGUGCAAGUGACCCACCGUGUGAGGCUCAGGGAGAAUCAAACUCUGCCAUAGAGGGUGCAACAGAACAUCCUGUCAUUGCCCCCAAUGAGGAUCGUGUAGAAGACCCCGGCCCCGAAGAGCCUGAAAAGCCCAGCCCGGAAGAAUCUGAAGACCCUGGUCCUGAUGAUUCCAGGAGACGGCGAAUAUGCAUCCCAGAGGAACUCCUCCAGUGGAGGAAGGAGAAAUAUGUUGAAAGUGUACUUGCCCACGCUCAACACAGAAACAUUAUAGCCCCUGUUAAUGAACUGCGAGAGCUGAUGAGGACAGUCGCUUCAGAAUACCAGUCCCAGGAGCCCAACUACAGGCACCCAACAGACUUGACUGUGAGGAACUAUGCCCAGCGAGCUAACCGAAAGAUCCAGAAGUGCACUCUUGAAAAUUGGGUGAACCAGAACGAGCGCCAUUUCCGUCGUUUUGAGGGCAUCCCUGACAAGUUCAAACGCAGCCCUAUCCCAAGCCGUUAGAAGAGCUGCCUUGCCACUGACAACUAAGCAGUGGGCUGAUCUGCAUUUCAUAAUUUAUCUGACUGCCGACAAGUCUUAUCUACUGAAAUUUUUUUUUAAAUUAUAUUUUAUUAAUUUUGUAAGUUAAGGCCAGUUUUGCAUGCCAUGUUUUUGGUUUGUCUGUUUGUUGAAGUUCCGCUGUUUUCACCAUUCUGUCUGACGUAGUGCACUUUGAUGUUUUAUAAAUAUUGUACCUUUUAAA